CCGGUUUACUGGCGGUAAAAUUCAGGUGUUUAAUUCAUGUUUGGUUGAGUGAGAAGCUUCAUUAUGUUCUACACUCUUGCAAACAUUAAUCUUGGAUGGAGAAAGUCUACACUUUGCCCUGUGCCUAAACUACCUCUUGUUAGUGUAUUGAAAAAUCUGAAAUGUUCCAGUUUGGAUGUUUAUGGCCAAGUUUCUCAGAUUGCUGCUGUUCCUCCAUUAGCCUGUAAUUUCAGUAAAGUAAAAUCCACCCCUAACAUUCUUGGUCUUUCGGAUGAAAACGGUUGUGUUAUUUUAUUUGACACAAAUAAAUAUGGUGAACAAGCUGUCUUAAAAUAUUGGGCAGCACACAGUAAUGCCAUCUUUGAUUUGGCAUGGAUGGAAAAUGAACACAAACUGCUUACUGCUUCUGGUGAUCAGACUAUUGUCUUAUGGGAUGCUCUCAGCCAACAGAAAAUACAGACAUUUAAGGGACACAGUCGCAGUGUUAAAUCUGUGUGUUUCAGUCCAUCUAACAAUUUUGUUUUCUGUUCUGGUUCAAGAGAUGGUCAAAUUCUGAUCUACGAUUCAAGAGUCAACUCCAGAGAUGGCUACAUGAGAAGUGUGAGUGCCAUAAAGAAUGCACAUUCCAUUGGACCUGCUAUGCACUUGAAAAGAAACUGCAGGAAUAAAAACAAUGAUAACCGAGAAAAAAGUGUUACUGCUGUCCUCUACCAGACAGACAAUCUCUUGGCCUCAGCUGGAGCUAUUAAUAGCACUGUUAAGAUUUGGGACUUGCGAAAGUGCAGCAGUCUAAACCAAGACCCUGUACCUGCAAAUAUGUUUAUGUGCAGCAAAAAUGCAAUGAGAAACUUUGGGAUCACCAGCCUUGCAUUUGAUCCCAGUCUUAGUCGUUUGUUUGCAACAUGUAAAGAUCACUCUGUCUACCUCUACAAUUCUGCUACAUAUGCUCGUGAACCCAUCCGCACAUACAGAGGGUACCAAAAUACUUCAUUUUACAUCAAAGCUGCUGUAAGUCCAUGUGGCAGGUUCUUUGUUAGUGGAUCAAAUGAUGAUAAUGCCUAUAUAUGGGAGGUUGAGGGUUCUGAAUAUCCAUGCCUCACCCUUGCUGGUCAUACUGCAGAAGUGACAGCUGUUACUUGGUCCCAACAUGAUUUUGGCAAGAUUGCUACUCUUUCCGAUGAUAACACAAUGAGGAUGUGGCGUUUGAAUUGCCAUUCUCUUCCUGCAGACAUUCUGGAAAUGAGUGGAUCGGCAAUGGAGUAUAUUCAUGAAAUUUCUCCAUCACCACCAUCAGUCUCUGGUUGUGAAAGUAGCCAAAGUUUGACUCCAUAUAGUGACAGUACACCACCUUUUGUUGGUUUAAAAAUAAGAACUCCACCAGUUAGUUCACCAUCCUUGUCCAUUAAAGACUGGCUGAAAAAGUCUGUGAGGGACUGGAAUUCGGUGAAUUCUCCAGAAAACAGCCAGAUUGAAAUGUGUAACUUGAUAGAUGAAGAGCAGGACAGUCCUUCGAUAGAAAAUUCUUCUCCGUGUGGCAGUCAACUUGAGAAAAGAAAAAAUACUGCCAAGCGGAAAUUGGAGAGUUCCUAUAUUGCUUCAACGUGUCAAAGUCCAACUAAACAAAGAAACAUUCUCCGCACUCCCAACUGGGAAAAUCCUAAUCAACAAGAAAAUUUUAACAGAUCAAAUCUCAUGUUAAAAUCUCCUGAGAAAAAUUCCUCAUCUAGUAAAUGUCUGUUCCCUGCCAGCAAACAAAUCAAAGAUCAGUUGGUAGAUAUGGAAAAUACUCCAACAAAUGCAGAAAUUUCCUUUUGUGAAAGAACUCAAUCAGAGAAAAAUUCCAGUGAUUCUAAACCUUUAACCAAUUCUCCUGGUUAUUCAGUUUUUGAUGUUCUCAGAUCUCCAGGCCAUUCACCAUUACAUUCUCAUUCUAGUAAAAGAACACCAAAAUCGGCCAGAAGUAAUCGGAAGCCUUUACAAAAAGGAUCUCCAGAGAGUCGCAACCAAUCCAUAUUGACCUUUAUCAAUCGAAACACAUCCCGCAACUGACAGGAUUAUGGAAGGAAGAUAAAAACUGCAUUUUAUUACUCUCAAAACCAAACUGACUUUUCUUUACCAACCUAAUGUGAGGUUUACUAAAGGAAUUUCACUACCUGAAAUUUGGGUUUGACCUUGUUUCAAAGGUCACUUUAAAUCUUUAUCAUAUUUUUUCCAUUAUUGUUCAUCCUGAACCAAGCAAUGUUUGUGGCCUCAACCUAUUGUUAAUUUAUGAAUAGGGCAUAUUUUUCAGGUGUACAGUUUUUCUGAAAGUUAACCAGGAGAAUUUUUUAUUUAUUUUAUUUUGGCUAACUUUAUAUAUCUUGGUGCAGACUGUUGAACUGUGCAUUUGAUAUUGCCUAUAGGUGCAUUGUUGUUUGUUGUGUCACAAUAAACAUUGCACAAUAUAUAUGAUCUCAAUUUGUGCCUACCUAAACAUGGAUCCAUUAAUGGCCUUAGGGUUGUCUCUAUCAAAAUUCUUGUUAUAUCAUCACUCAUAACAGAAAUCUCAGGAUUUAUUUACAAUUCUUUUUUUUUUAAAUGAAAUACUCCAACUCAAAAUGUGAUCUUAUAUUUUUGUGAAAAUGUUGCAGAUGGGAGGUACAGAAACAGAAUGUUAAGGUACCACAUGGUUUCAAGUUUAGUUCCAUUGCAUGACACUUUUGGGCAAGUGUCUUCCACUAUAGCUCUAGGCCAACUGAAACCUUGUGAGCGGAUUUGGUAGACAGAAACUGAAAGACACCCAUUGUAUGUGUGCGAGUUAUUGUCUCCUUGCUUUUACAUCCUGUGAUAAUUUGUGAGUGUCCUCAUCAUCAUGCAAGCUGUGUCCUUUGUUUCUAAUAUUCCAAGACAUAUCCAGUCAUGGGGAAAUAUUACCUUACUUGGAAACAGGUGAGGGUUGGGAACAGAAAAGGCAUUGAACCAUUGAAAAUCUCUCAGCAAAUUCUGUUUCAUUCAUUUGUGCAGGGAAAGGUGAACAUUAAAUGAUGAUGAUGGUGGUGGUGUUGAUUUUACCAUUCAUCCACAUAAGAUUAAUAAGAUAAAUACCAGCUCUAUACUUGGUGGCUAAGAUGAUAGUUGUAACUGGAUGCCUUUAUAGUAUCUGUUUCUAAUUUUAAACCCUGUUGGAUUCAUUCUUUCUUUGUGUGAAACAAAAGCAUCCUAAGAUGCUUUUAAAAAAAUUUUAUUGUUCUAAUUUAGAAAAAAGAUCAACAUUCCCUUUUUGAUUCCAAAUCUCUUACACUUUUCCAUCCAAGUUGUAGUAACCAAGAAUCUGUCUUUCCAAGUUUUGACCAAAUGCCUUUUCUCCUAGUAUUUCUUCAAUCCAUGAGGAGUAAGUUAUCAUUUUGGAUCACAUCAAGCUGUGUGCUUGUGUCUUCAUUAUCUCUAUGGUAUUUGCUUUUAAUUGUGUUGGUCUAGCUCUGGAUAGCAUUACUCGAAUAAAGCUACAUGGCAGAGCUAACUGAAUGUGGAUCAGAAACAGUUAAAGGCCCUCUGUCUUCAACAUUGAGAUACACAUUAUCCACUUUACUGGUUUUAGAUCGAACUUGUUCAGAUGUGGCUUUCUUGUUUUUAACGUGAGGCAUGUUAUUCUUAGUUUAUGGUCUUGAAACAUACAGUGUUUCUUGAAGAUUUGGCUGUUAUAUAUAAACAUGUUCAGGAAAUGUAGAAACUUGCUAUGUUUAUACACCACCAUCAUUAGCAGCCCAUGGGUUGGGCAAAACUUGUCACAUCUCUGUAUGAAAUAUAAAUUUUGCAAUAGUUUUGUGUAUCAUAGCUCUCUUACAUCAUGUGUGCCUAACUUGAAAACAUGCUCCCUAAGUCAGUAAAUUUCUUUGAGAUAAUCAGAAAUGAGUAUUCAAAAUCAUAGAAUUUCUAGAAAGAAAAAAAAAUCAAAGGUAAUCAAAUAUGCUGUCAGUCCUAUUAUAACACGUGGAUUAUAAUAGUUGCUGGUUGGGCACCGUACUUUGCUAUGCAGCUAUAAUAUACUACCAAGUAUGUUAGAGGCUUUUAAGUCAAUACUGUAUUUUAAAGUUCUCUACUGAUUUACUAUAGAAGCCAGAGCUAUGAAACAUCGUAACUUCCAGUGCUGACUCUAGCUUUUAUAGAAAAUCUGAAGAGGUAACUUUAAAUAGUAUAUUGAUAUAUAUGUAGAAAUUAUGAAGGUGUUUCAAAGCAUCAUUCAGUUUGUCUCCAUUCAAGAGAUACCUCAAAUGGAAACAUAAAAUCUCUUCUGUUUCAAAUCUAGUGCAUAAUUUACAUUACCAGAGAUUCAUACUUAAAAGUUUUAAGGCUGAGAAGAAAAAGCUUUUCGGUAUUUCUUGGUAACUGUUUCAACUCUGUUCAACCAACAGUAACCAGUGAUAUGUAUUAGAUCGAACUUUUAGAUAUGUUUAUAGUUGAUUGUCAAAUAA